AUGUUUCAGCGCAUCACUAUACCGGAAGCAUUACACCAGGCCGAUAAGGAGAAGAUGGGGUUCAUCGAUCGAUAUAUCUUUCCAGGAGGCUACUUACCAUCAACAAUGCAGCUGAUCAACCGUAUCAGCACGCAAUCUAAGGGCAGUCUGACCCUGGAACGGGUUGAAAAUAUCGGGGGCCAUUACACAAGAGCCCUACAGCUGUGGAGAGCAGCUUUUCUGCUCAAUUUCGAUGAUAAAAUCAGACCCGCUUUGUUGGAUAGCUAUCCUGAGAUGUCAAAAGAGGCUACCGAAGUGUUCCACAAGAAAUGGGAGUACUACUUUGCUUACUGCGAGGCCGGCUUCUGGACCAAGACCUUGGGCGAUGUCAUCAUCACGGUCGGUCGAGCUGGAGCCUUAGAGCUCGUGGAAGGGAUACCACUGUAA